AUGGUCACACUUUCUUAUGUUAGGUUACAGAGACUUUCUCACCUGCCAAAAAUAAUUCAAGGCGCCAGCAGAUGUAGAGGGAAAAUUGCCAACAGCACAAUAACCCCAUUAAAAGAUAACAGAACUUUUAUUAUAUCCCCAUACUUUGAUGACCGGGAAAGCAAAGUCACCCGUGUGAUUGGGAUUGUUCACCAUGAAGAUGUAAAACAACUAUACUGCUGGUUCUGCUGUCAGUCCGAUGGACAGAUGUAUGUAUCAAAAGCAACAAUUGAUGUUCACUCGGAUAGAUUUGGAUUCCCUUAUGGUGCAGCAGAUAUAGUUUGUUUGGAGCCUGAAAACUGCGAUCCAACAUACGUAUCAAUUCAUCACUCUCCGCAAGGAAAUAUUGACCAGCUGCCAAGGUUUGAAAUUAAAAACCGCAAGGAUGAGACCUUUUCUGUUGACUUCACUGUGUGCAUCUCUGCUAUGUUUGGAAAUUACAACAACAUCUUGCAGUUUAUACAGAGCAUGGAAAUGUACAAGAUUCUUGGGGUACAGAAAGUGGUGAUCUAUAAGAACAACUGCAGCCAUCUGAUGGAGAAAGUCUUGAAGUUUUAUAUGGAAGAAGGAACUGUAGAGAUAAUUCCCUGGCCAAUAAACUCACACCUCAAGGUCUCGUCUAAAUGGCACUUCAUGCAAGAUGGAACACACAUUGGCUACUAUGGACAAAUC